AUGCCCCUUUCAAUCCAGCUUCCUCCCAAGAUAGGCCCAUACCAUCCAAACUCGCGCUUCAGUGGCACUAUCAACCUCACAUCGCCCGAGUCUGUCUCUAUUGGUUCUCUUGUUAUCACAUUCACGGGCAUCUCUCUUGUCAGGCUGACCCAGAACUACGGCGACCUAAACGUCUCGAGCAACGGCCACCACUCGCGCGAGGUCCUCUUCCGGCGUGAAAAGGUCUUGUACACGGGCGGGAAAUGGACGCACAGAGCGGGAGUGUAUAGUAUCCCAUUUGAAUUCUCAGUACCUGAAUACACUGAUGCUCGAGUGGUAUGGAGGUGUCCAGGGGCCCACCGGGCCGUCCAGAGUACCCACAAACAUGGCUUGCCGCCGACCAUGCUUUACAGCUGCCCGAGAUUUACUUGUCUGGUGGAAUAUGUCCUCGAAGCAACGUUGAAGCCGCCGUCAACCUCUCCAGCGGCCACGAUGGUGAAAGGAAUUACCGCAAAGCGUAAUAUCAGCGUCCUUCCCCAGUUUGUGAAUCGGAAUCCCACCAGCAGGGCAGACUGUCACUCUUACGUCCGCCAUCACCAAGGUUUUAGAUGCGGUUCUCAAGAAAACCCAAUGUCCCGGAUCUUGAAGUUUUCAAAGUUGCAGCGUGAUGCUCCCAAGAAAGGGUCGGCAGCGACUGCAUCCUCGCUAAGUGUCUCUGUCCUUUUACCACGGAGAAUUGAGGUCCAAGAAGACUAUUCGAAGAUGAGCAUGUUAUUCUCCAGCCGAUCUGUGAGCAACACAGGAACGUGUGCAACAGCCAGCAGACCCAAUUUGACUGCGUCUGCUGCGGCCGUACUCACAGUCAAGAGCUUGAAACUCGAAAUCAUUCAGCACACGCACGUUCAGGCCGGACAUUAUCCCUCAACCUCCACUCGUAAGACGUACACUCGGAAGACAACAUGUUCGCUGCCACUCCCAGUCUAUCCUCGUGAGACACUUCCCGCCAUCACCAGCACGGCCGACGCGGUGGAGACAGCAGCGCCCGGAGAGGUUGAUCUCGCCGAGUUGACUCAACUGCGCAUACCAAGGGACAGUCUGGUUCUCGAUUUCGCUACCUAUAAUGCUGCCGUCCGGCACACGUUGACGCUGGAGAUUGGCAUCGAAUACGAAGAGAGAAUUUUCAAGUUUGCGUGCCAGGAUGUGAAGAUUGCAGUGGUGUCCGCUAGCAGUACACCAGAGCAGAGUGGCUCCCGGGCGGAGGACCCGAGAAUCCGAGGCCAAGCUGAGUAUGGAUCGUCAAGGACGGAAGCGGGGAUCGCUCUAGCCCAAGGUUCCGAUCAGGAAGGCCAGAAUAUCGAAAUCGAGGCCAGACACCGCGCCGGAGGGAACGUACACUGGGUCGUGCCACCGGCGGAGGUGAGCUCGACAGGCGUUUACUACCACAGCGAAUGGGACGCCUUCUUCUCGGAACCCCCACCGAGGUAUACGCCGCGGAGUUAA